AUGCACUUCCAUGUGGUGGCCCUCCUACUAUUCGGGACGUCGCUAGCGUUCAAUCUCUUCGGGCCCAACACCUACGCGAAAGGCGAGUCGGUGCCGCUUCUCUUGAACAAGAUCGAAAGUGACCAUACCCAGCUUCCAUACCGGUACCACGAUCUUCCGUUUGUGUGUCAUGACCGGAGACAGCAGCCGAAAACGCUACUGUUGGGCGAGAUCUUGAAGGGCGACCGGUUUUGGGACUCCAUGUACGAUCUUCAGUUUGGCAUCGAUAGGCCAUGUGUGUACCUCUGUGCGAUGUCUGCGUCGCUCAUCGGGCUCAACCGCGCGGACCAGUUAGUAAAAAACGGAUAUGUAGUUCAUUGGAGUGUAGACGGGCUUCCGGGCGCCACCACGUUCACGGGCAAGGCCGGCCUGGCCAAGUACUAUGCGGCCGGGUUUCCUCUCGGGUUUGUGGAGGACGACAUCUCGUACUUGUACAACCACGUCACGCUUGUGGUGCGGUACCACACGGAGAAGAACAAGCGCCACUCGAUCGUGGGGUUCGAGGUGUACCCCAAGAGUAUUGACGAUGAUCGCUGCUUGAACGACCACGACUACUACGACAACUUCGCCAUUCUUCCACAGGACCCCGUCAAGAAGAAGCAGGAGAAAAACCAUAUCAUCCACUAUACGUACUCCGUCUACUGGCGCGAGGACCACACCAUCAACUACAACAGCAGAUGGGACUUGUACUACGCCAACGACAACUUGAAGGCGGCCAACUCCGUGCACUGGAUCUCGCUCGUCAACUCGCUUAUGUUGGCGGGGCUCGUGUCCUUGGUCGCCGCAACGUUCGUUUACCGUCUCUUUAAGACCAACCCUAAGCGCUCCAAGAGUGACCAUGAAGACGAUGAUCUGUGGAGACAGUUGGCCCACAAUGCCAUGAAACCGCCCGUGUAUGUCUCUGUUUUGACCACAGUGACAGCGUAUGGUGUGCAGUCGAUAGUGGCUGCUGUAGGUGUAUUGGCGACCCUCUUUUUGAACAACACAUUGCACUUUGGCUCCGGGGUGUCUGCGAGCGCAUUUUUCAACAACCACCAGGGCGCCAUCUUCACCUGCUCGUUUGUGAUCUUGUUGGCCUCUGGCUUUGCCUCUGCCUUCAUGGGCAUCAUUGUCCACAAACUCCUCGUGAACGAGGCUCCGGGCCACGUCUAUCGUGGAUUUUCCACCUUAAACUUGUCUUUCAUGUUCAGCGCAGUCUUGCCUUCAGUGAUUCUUGGAGGUAUGCUUGUGAUCAACUGUAUUGUCUGGGCCAAGGAGUCCUCCAACGCUCUUCCGUUCGGUACAAUUGUCUUUAUCAUGAUUUUGUUCGCUGUGGUGGAGGUCCCAUUGGGACUUUUGGGAGGUAUUUUUGGAAACAAAGUCAAAUUCCCCGUCCGUUCGUUCCUUGUCACCUCAUACAUUGCCCUGGACGAGAAAACACGCUCCUCUUUUAGAUUCGGUGACCACAAAAAGGCUAUUUUCCUCAGCACUUUUUUUGGCCUUAUUCCUUUUGGAAUUGUCUAUGUUGAUCUCCAACUCAUUCUCAACACUAUCUGGUUAGAGAAAACUACGUUCUUUUACAUGUAUGGCUUCUUGCUCUUCACGACCUUAUUGGUGCUUCUCGUGGUUGCUGAGUCUGCCAUUGUGAUCACAUACAUCUCAUUGACAAUCUACAAAGACCACCAUUGGCAAUGGUUGAGCUUCGGCGCCUCCUCUUCGAUUGGAUAUUAUGUCUUCCUCUAUUCGAUCUACUACCACAUAUACCACCUCCUGAUAGCCGACUUUGUCAGUUCUCUCAUUUAUUUCUCCUACAUGGCAUUGGUGUCUAUCACUAUUGGUGUUGGUUGUGGUGCGGUGGGUGUGAUUUCAGCUCUCUUGUUCGUGCGCAAGAUUUACAGUUCCGCAAAGAGAGAAUAG